GGGCGUUGAGUGAUUUUUCAAUGAGACUGACUGUUCACUAGUACUUGGAAUUCGAACAAUCCCUUACAAAAGUUCUGAGUGGAUAAGGCCUCAGCCAAUUCAGGUGACCCGAGUCAUGAGUGGACCUACAAAAAGUCGUACUACCCUCUUAACUCAAACAUGAAGCUUUCUCUUGUCUUCAGCGCGCUCGUAUCCAUUGUGGGUCUUGCUACGGCGUACCCCACGCAAGGAACCAUUGCGAAACUUUCCUAUGUGGAGAAGCCCACCGACCUGGUGGAGAAACGCGAGGAACUUGACACCGAUCUCUUCUUAUACCAGGAAUACAUUGUUAAGAGAGACGAGGGGAAGCGCGAGGAACUUGACACUGAUCUCUUCUUAUACCAGGAAUACAUUGUCAAGAGAGACGAGGGGAAGCGCGAGGAACUUGACACCGAUCUCUUCUUAUACCAGGAUUACAUUGUUAAGAGAGACGAGGGGAAGCGCGAGGAACUUGACGCCGAUGGCCUCAAUCACAUCUCUCACCGAACUUGA